AUGCCUGCACAAGAUUACAAUCCUUUCGCGAAACGCGAGCAGUUCGGAAGAACGAAUCUCAUCGUCUAUAAGGUCUUGACCAUCGUCAGUUGGCUGUUCGUUGUGAUUACUGGAGCUUACUACACCUUCAACAAGCCUCACGAGCAUCGCCAUCACCACAUCAACCACACGAUUUGGGGUCAGAACGAUCAUCGACGUACUUCCUUCAGUCUCAACUCAGUGGUAAUCAGCAUCUACUGGGUUGUGACUCUCGUCCUACAAGCUCACUAUGUUCGAUAUCUUUGGGAUGCCGACGAGAGUUACAAAACCAGUGCCGCCAAUGUCGGCAGCCACUUCAUCCUCCACAAUACGCUGACCUUUGGCUUCAUUAUGCUCUGGGUCCGCGGCCACUUCUGGCUAGGUGAGAUUCUGCUCGCUAUCAACCUCUUCAACCUCGUUCUCCUCUACUUCAGGCAUUCGUCCUACCCACGAUUGAUCCAUAUUCCUAUCGUCUCGGCUCCGCUUGCUUGGACAUACGUGGCUAUGCUAUGGGAUGGCGCAGCCGCAGUCAAUGCGCACAACCUGCCGGCCCGAGUCGCAGGCAAUAUUAUUAUUUGGGGUCUCCUAGCGAUUGGUGGCUUCUAUCUGCUCGUUUUCAAGGAUUACAGCAUGGGCUUUGAACUUGCUAUCCUUUCUCUCGCCAUUGCUCUGGGACAACUCGGUACCAAAGCUCUUGCCAUUCAAUGGGUCUUCGCAUUUGUCAUCAUGGGCCUGCUGUUGAUCGGAUCGGUUGUAAUUGCUGUGCCAAGUGUGAUCGGACAGAGGAAAGAGGAUUUGCCACAAGUUGUCGACGAGGAUCGCGAAAGAGCUCCUCUGCUGGAUGACCACUAA